GUGUGGGGGUGGCAAAAUGUCGUCCGUAACGACACUACAAACGUGACCUCUCCAUUUCAGUGCGCGAAAUAGACGAUCUUUACGUGCGUCCAUGCUCUCCAGAAACCUCUGUAUUAAACGUAAUAUAUUUAGCCGAAAAUCAAUCUGUCUUGUCACUCAUGCUAAAUUCCAGUUAUAACUCAGUGUAUUAUGAUUUUAUACAAUUACACACGGUGAGAACAUUGGCUUGUAUGUGUUUGUUAAUAUAAGGUGUUAGUAAUCCGGAACGGUGAUCAUAAUGUCUGUUUUGUCAGUGCGACGGUACACAGUGACGGAGCAAAUAUUUAGGAGGACCAGUUAGUUAGACUAUCAAGUAAAUACAGCGAUAGAAGGGUGGUUUUAAUGCGGUUAUUUUGCUUAUAGUUGGCCUAAAAGAUAUCCGUCGUCUCAAGUGCGGUAAACUUGCUUGGUUAGAAAGAAAAAAAAACUGUCGUAAUGCUGAUUAUUAUUAAGAGCAUUGUAAUUCUUGUCUCUUGUUGUAUUGUCGCUUUGUUAGAAUACAGGAAAAUACACAUAAUCUGACUGAUCUCAUUCAGGGCGUUUGGAAGACCUGUAUGCUAUUUUAAUUGAUUCGACUAUGUUUUGUUACAUUAAUCUGGAAAAAUUCUGUAUACAGUAUAUGCUACAGUUUGACACUGAAUCUAAACAUACUAUAUGUUGUUAAGGCCCCCCCAUUGCCCACUCGUAAAAUCUUCCUUGCUUAAUUAAGGCCUUAUUGGAUUAAAAUGAGAACAUAUUACACCAAUUGUUAAUAAAUCCGGAUUUGUUUUGUUGCAUGAACAGAUUGAUGCAGAUUUUAAAUUUCUGCAGACUUCGCAAAGGUGUCAAGUCUUGUGCUGUCAGAUCCCUAGCCUGUUUAUUUACUUCCACUAGUGCCAUGGCUAAAAGCAAGUUUGAAUAUGUGCGUAACUUUGAAGUAGAUGACACAUGUCUGAGAAACUGCUACAUUGUCGUGAGGCUGGAUGGGCGCAACUUCCACAGGUUUGCAGAGCAACACAAGUUCACCAAGCCCAAUGACAACAGGGCCCUGGGUCUAAUGACCCGCAGCGCCCGCUCAGUCAUAGAGGAGCUAGAGGAUAUUAUCAUUGCCUAUGGACAAAGUGAUGAGUUCAGUUUUGUUUUUAAGAGGACCUCCACCUGGUUCAAGAGAAGAGCCAGCAAGCUGAUGACCCUCGUGGCCUCGCAAUUCUCGUCGUCUUAUGUCUUUCACUGGAAAGACUUUUUUGGAGAGCAGCCUCUCCUCUACCCGCCAGGAUUUGAUGGACGUGUGGUACUAUAUCCUAGCAAUCGCAACCUGAAAGACUAUCUGAGCUGGAGGCAAGCAGACUGUCACAUAAAUAAUUUGUACAACACAGUGUUUUGGACCCUUGUACAAAAAGGUGGACUAACCACUGUUCAAGCAGAGGAUCGCUUAAAGGGAACAUUAGCUGCGGACAAAAAUGAAAUCCUGUUCUCAGAGUUUGACAUCAACUACAACAAGGAACCGGCUGUCAAUAGGAAAGGCACCACUCUCAUCUGGGAAAAGCAUGAUGAAACUCUCAUCACAGAAGUAAUGAAUGACAAGAGGAAGGAAGUGUGUGGCACUCCUCGGAGCAGGAAGCGUGUGCAGGCCUACCAUUCUGAUAUAAUAGGCGAAGACUUUUGGGAUCAGCAUUCCAAUAUUCUGGAAGAUGAUGGCUGCUAGUGCUGUGGAAAAUAAACACACAUCAUGUUGGUUGUGAGACUAGGGAAUCAAUUGGUUUACUCAACAUACAGUUUAUAUAGCUUAACAAGUGACAUCUUAGCUCUUGUACAUUGGUGGUCAUUACCCUAGACCGGCAGCAAUCACCUUUGAGGCAGACAGCAAUCACCCUUGACCAAAACAUGUUUCGUACUGCACAGUGGUUUAUCGUGAUCUCGUCUAACCAUGCCAAAGUUAAGAAUGUGUUAUUUUUCCAAUGUAAUUCCACCCUUUUGGGGGUCACUCAACCCCUAAAUCAAACGAAAAUGUCGCUAAACGAGAAGACUGGAUGGACUUCAUCUCCGCUAUGGCGGCGUCCUUCCUCAAAUGCGGUCCCCGGGUUGCCGUCAUCUCAUUGCAUAUGCCUCGGCCUCAAAUGGCUUACCUCCUGUAAUCUCUGCCCAAAAAGAGAUACUCUGUCUCCCAUGGUUUUUAACAACUACCAACCCCUUUACAACCUUCCCCAAUAAUGGAAUGAUAAUCAAUCAUUAAACCCAUGACUUAAUCAAUUGUACUCUUCAUGCAUGUGUAGUUAAGUUUACUAAUCAUAUUUAGCAUUAGUACAAUCAAGUGAACAAACAAUCACUUCUAGAAUUCCCCCCUUGGACAGGAUUUAUCCUGGCUACAUCAAAACAUUGGAGCAAGCUCAUGUUCCCAGAAAGGAGAAGAAAAAUCCCUCUGAUGCUGUAAAAUGAGGUAUGGUCAUAGUUGACCUUGGGGUAGUGUACCUUGUGGACAUGAUAGAAAAAACAACCUCCCCCCACGAGCCAUCCACAGUACUGCUCACACUAGACCACCAAUGGGAUUUCUCAACUUACAAUUCUGAGUCAUCCACAGAGCCUUAUACUCAUCUGGAACCCCCUAGGUAUUACACUGGCAUCCAUCUACUCAAUUGCUAUCUAAAGAAUUAGCUGGUGCCUCACUUUUUGACAGUGCAGAAAUGUUACUUUUUAGGUAACCUGUGUCCAGUCUGCCAUAGCUGCAAUGAGUUGGACCAGUCUGACCUAUGUUGAUGGGUUUUAAUGUCCCCAUCCAGUUCCUGGAAAACACGGAAUGCAGAUUUUUUUUAGUGCCGAAAUGUAAUUGAGCGGUAGGGUGAAGUUGCAGUUGCUGAGUACACCCACAACUUCUCAAAACCUCCAUUCUGGGUUUUGGUGAAACAAAUUUACCGACUACACUACUAAUCCAGACUUGAUACAUAAAUGAAUUACGACUGCAUGAGUUUAAAAUAUUAAUUGUAUUCUACUAUCUUGUACACAUUUUGAAGAUAUUAUGCAUACUGAGUUUAAUAUUAACCACUAUGAAUUAAGCCAACUUGUAAUUUAGUGCAAUGGACUUAAAAUAUUAGGUUUAGUAAAUAUUCAAAUAAUUGCUUUUGCAAAAGAUUGAAAGUUAAAUCAACUUGCAUUUUAGUUGUACUAAAUAGUUACUUUUGCUCAGGUUUUCAUUAUUGCAUCACUAGUAGGGCUGCAACUAAUGAUUAUUUUAAUAAUUUAUUAAUCUGUCAAUUAUUUUUGAGUAAUCGAUGAAUCAGAGGGGAAAAAAACAUUUUAAAAAAUGUCCAUGGAAUUGAGUCAUAAUGAAUACAUGUUUGCUUUUUCUUCGCUGUCAAUUUGAAAUAAUGUCAUGUUUUGUAAUAAAGGGAUGGAAAUAAAGUUGUCCCCCAGAUGAAUAGAAAAAUAGACAUUAAUCGUUUAGUAAAAUGUUGUAAGCUCUAAUAUUAAAGUAUCUUAUAAAGUCUUUAAGGUACAUUGAAUCUACCGUGACCACAAGUUCCUGUUGUGUGUGUGCAUAUACAAAACCUGUGCAGUAAAAGCAGCUGGGCUGAGCAAUGUGGUUAACUCAAGCUGUUAGUGAUGUGUUGGUCGCGAACGAAACUCCUCUAAGAUCCGGGCACCCAUUCGUGCAAUGAGAAGAAUAAAAGACAAGCAUUUGAACCUG